AUGGGAUACGAACAUUACGGAGGGACUAAAAAAAUAUUGUCCUUCGUAGCAGAAGAUUGGAAGUUGUUAUUAUUUUUGACAAUAUUGUUCGCCUUAUAUUUUUACUACACUAGUACAUUUGAUUUUUUCGAAAAGAAAGGGGUGCCUUAUCUGAAGCCUACAAUUUUUCUGGGUACUUUAGGGCCCAGAUUGAUUGGGAAGAGGUCUUUUCACGAUUUUCAGUUGGACAUUUAUAAACACUUUCAAGGCAAACCUUAUGGAGGUAUAUUUGAAGGAAGGCGACCAAAUCUAUAUGUGUUUAACCCUGACCUAAUCAAAGCAGUGACAAUUCGGGACUUUGACCAUUUUGUGGACCGCAACUUUCUCAACCUGAAUCAACCUCGAUAUUUAAGUAGAUCACUCCUUCAUCUGAAGGUGGCCGAAAAAUUCAACUACAUGUCAAAAUCGAAGAGGUUUCUCAUAUUUUUCGUUCUCAUGUUCAUGCCUAAAAUAUUCCAAUAUCUUAACAUCUCUCUUAUGCAUCGCGAGACUUGUGCGGAAUUGAUGAGAAUGUUAAAGGCUGCCAAAGCUGAGAGGAGGCAAUCGGGAGUUAGAAAAAAUGAUUUCUUACAAUUACUCCUCGACACAUACGAGGAAGAUAAAAAAUCAGAUAACAUGAAAUGUAAGUUCCUUUUAUUUGUAUGUUUGGACGAUGAUACAAUCGACGCACAAGCCUUGCUAUUUUUAAUAGCAGGCUACGAGACCUCUGGAACAUUAUUAUCGUUCGCCGUACACACAUUAGCAAUACACCCUGAACUACAAGAAAACCUGAGGGCUAAUAUAAAGGAAGAAACUGAAGGAAAAGAACUAAGCUAUGAUCUGCUAAUGCAGUUGCCGAUGCUUGAAGGAUUUCUUUUAGAAACACUGCGCAUUUAUCCACCCUUUGCCCUAGUAGACAGGUUAUGUGUCAAAGAAUAUACUCUCCCAGGAACCAAUGUAAUGGUUGACGUCGGCGAUGUUGUAUCUGUAAACAUUAUUGGAAUCCAUAUGGACCCUAACUACUAUCCUGAGCCGGAAAAAUUCAAGCCUGAGAGGUUUAUGUAUGAUGAAAAAAAAAAUAGACCGUCGCAUUUGUUUUUGCCUUUUGGCCUUGGUUCUAGAAAUUGUAUUGGUCUUCGCUUCGCCAUGCUUUCCGUUAAAACGGCGAUGGUAGCUCUCGUAAAGAACUUCAAAUUUUCAAUCUGCGAGAAAACGGAAAACCCUGUCAAAUUUAGCUCAAGUGGUGGUAUAUUACUGAAAGCUGAAAAUGGUCUUUGGGUACGCAUAGAAGCCUUAUGA